AUGACAUUCCAACCUGCCAACAAUGGCGACUCGUCAACUUGCGUUAUUGAGCUCCAAAAUACAUCCCAGGUCCUCACCACGCCACCAUCGGUAAGGCGUCAAGGGCCUGAGAGUAUCAAAAGUGUCCACAGUUUAUCGCUGUCUCAAGUUCCUCGUGAUAGCGGCAGCAGAAACGAUGAUCCUGUCGAAACCCUACCUUCGCCUACAACCGCCACCGAGAAGCUACAGAGAUGGAACCAUCCGCGCGUCAACACGUGGCGUACCUUGUCCGCUUUCUGGAGCUUCUUCAUCAUGGGAGCCAACGACGCUGCAUACGGAGCCCUCCUGCCAUAUCUCGAGGAAUACUACGGCCUCUCGUACACCAUCGUCUCUCUCGUCUUCCUCUCCCCGCUUCUCGGCUACUGCGCGUCUGCUCUGCUCAACAAUACCAUUCAUCUCAAGUUCGGCCAGCGUGGCAUAGCUUUCCUCGGUCCCAUAUGCCACCUGAUCGCCUACGCCGUUAUGGUCGUGCACCCUCCAUAUCCCGUUCUCGUCGUCGUCUUCGCAAUCGCCGGCUUUGGGAACGGUCUCGAGGAUGCUGGCUGGAACGCAUGGAUGGGGGCCAUGGCCAAUGCCAAUGAGAUCCUCGGUUUCCUGCACGGCUUCUACAGUGUCGGUGCCACCGUCAGUCCUCUCAUCGCCACCAGCAUGAUCACCAAGGCGAACUUGCAGUGGUAUCAGUUCUACUACGUCAUGGUCGGCACCUCCUUCCUCGAACUCAUCUUCUGCCUCACCAGCUUCUGGCACGCCACCGCCACCAUCUUCCGCGCCCAAAACGCCAAAACAAUCACCAGCACCACCUCCCCCUCCCCCAAACACGAAAACCGCAUGCGCGAAACCCUCACCCGCCUCCCCUUCGCCCGCACCACCUGGCUGAUCGCCGCCUUCCUCCUCGUCUACGUCGGCGUCGAAGUCGCGCUCGGCGGGUGGAUCGUCACCUUCAUGCUGCGCGAGCGGCACGCGCAGCCGUUCGCGAGCGGCAUGACGGCGACGGGCUUCUGGCUGGGCAUGGCGGUGGGGCGCGUCGCGCUGGGGUUCGUGACGCCGCGCGUGGGCGAAACUCUCGCCAUCGGCAUCUAUCUGCCCGUGUGCGCCGCGCUGCAGCUCGUCUUCUGGCUGGUGCCGCGGUUCCUGGUGAGCGCGGUGGCGGUCGCGCUGCAGGGCUUCUUUCUGGGGCCGAUGUUCCCCGGCGCGGUGGUGGCGGCGACGCGGUUGCUGCCGCGGCAUUUGCACGUCGGCGCUAUUGGGUUUGCUGCUGCGGUGGGGGGUGGGGGGGCGGCGGUGUUUCCGUUUGCGGUGGGGGCGGUGGCGCAGGGGAAGGGGGUGUGGGUUUUGCAGCCGUUUGUGUUGGCGCUUUUGGUGGGGUGUUGGGGGAUUUGGAUGGGGUUGCCGAGGAUGGGGAGGAAGAGGGAGUAG